UAACUACCACGUACCAAUUUCGACCUGUUAGAACCACACUCAGCAACAUCCAUCUUCUUGAACGAAAAAGACCGGGGAAACAAAUGAGGAACUUAAGUUGGGUUCUCCUCCAUGUUCCUGUAGUUUUCCUCCUUUUCUCUGCAUGCUCUUCUUCGUAUAGCAGUGACCUCGAGGUGCUAUUGAAGCUCAAGUCAGCCAUGAAUGGACCCAAUGUUUCGGGACUGGUGGACUGGCCGGAGAACUCUUCUUCGCCAACAGCCCAUUGCUCCUUCUCCGGAGUUUCAUGUGACCACGACUCGCGUGUUGUUUCUCUUAAUGUGUCUUAUAUUCCUCUCUGCGGUUUCAUUCCGCGGGAGAUUGGGUUGCUGAACAAGCUGGUCAACCUAACCAUCGCCGCUGACAAUCUCACGGGGAGACUUCCAGUGGAGAUAGCCAACCUUACGUCACUCAAGGUCCUUAACAUCUCCAACAACCUCUUCACUGGGAACUUCCCAGGAGAAAUCUUCCUCGGAAUGACGGAGCUGGAGAUUCUCGACACUUACAACAAUAACUUCUCCGGACCGCUUCCAACGGAGCUCGCGAUCUUGAAAAGGAUCAAGCAUCUUAGUCUCGGCGGCAACUUCUUUUCUGGUCCAAUUCCGGAUGUUUACUCCGAGAUUCAGAGCCUUGAGUACUUGGGCUUGAACGGCAACUCACAAACUGGCAAGUUUCCGGCGAGUCUCGGUCGGUUAAGUAAUCUCAAAGAAAUGUACGUGGGGUACUUUAACGCUUUCGAUGGAGGUAUUCCGCCGGAGUUGGGAUCGCUCAGCUCGCUUCAAGUCCUCGACAUGUCGAGCUGUAACCUCACCGGCGAGAUUCCAAAGAGUCUGAACCUUCUGAAGAACUUGCAGUUACUGUUUUUACAAAUCAACCGCCUCACAGGUUAUAUACCUCCUGAAUUAUCUGGUUUGGUUAGCUUGAGACAGCUGGAUCUUUCGAUCAAUGAACUCGCUGGGGAGAUCCCAGAAAGUUUCUCAACACUUACAAAUAUCACGCUAAUUAACCUGUUCAAAAACCACCUUCGUGGUCCAAUCCCUGCGUAUUUUGGUGACCUUCCAAAUCUUGAGGUACUUCAGGUAUGGGAAAAUAACUUCACGUUUGAACUCCCAAAUAACCUGGGCCAGAAUGGAAAACUCAAACUCUUUGAUGUAGCGACGAACCAACUCACCGGCCCGGUUCCUCUGGUUUUGUGUGCGGGAGGUAAGUUGAAGACUCUGAUUUUGAUGGAAAAUUUCUUUUCUGGGGCAAUUCCCAUGGAGAUCGGCGACUGCAAGUCGUUAACAAGAAUCCGAAUCGCGAAGAACUUACUCAGCGGGACGAUCCCGGCUGGGAUUUUUAACUUGCCCUCGGUAGAAGUAGUCGAAGUCAGCGAUAACUACUUCUCCGGUGAGCUUCCCCUCAAAAUCUCAGGGGACGCUCUUGAAACUCUUGUACUUUCCAACAACAGAAUUACCGGGAAAAUCCCUUCUGCGAUCGGGAAUCUCAAAAACCUGCGAACUUUAUCACUGGAAAUGAAUAGACUUUCAGGUGAGAUUCCUAGUGAACUGUUUGGUUUACCCAAUUUGAUGAAUAUCAACAUCAGCGCCAACAACCACAUUAGCGGCGAGAUCCCAACUUCUAUCGCCCGCUGUACUUCUCUUAGCUCCAUCGAUUUCAGCCGAAACAAUCUCUUCGGAGAAAUUCCAAAGGAGAUUGCGAAGUUGAUGAUGCUCAGCACUCUGAAUCUUUCCAAUAACCAGAUCACCGGCUGCAUACCAGAGGAAAUGCGCGACAUGAGCAGCCUCGUAACCUUGGACCUAUCCAAUAAUGAUUUGGUGGGGAGAGUUCCUAGUGGUUUUGUGAUAUACGAUGACAGUUCAUUCGCUGGAAACCCAAAUCUGGGUCCCCAAAGCCAUUUCUCUUGCCCAUCUUCACUCGGUGAGGUUCAGAAUUCGAGUCAAACCCACGGUAGGUUUUGUUCUCCGGUGCUCAUUGUGUGCAUUGCAGUGUUCGUCACUGCUCUGCUAUCAGUACCGCCUCAAAGCAGACAGCCACGUAAGCAAAGGCGGCACAGGGAUCGUGGAGCGCGGGAAGGCCACGUCAGAACUCACUGACAUCCGACGUGGCCUCAUUGCUGGCAAUGGUGGAACGCAUGCUUAAUUUCUGGCAUUUCCAGAGGUUGAAACCUUAAUAUCUCUGUUAAAACAAACAAUUGGGAACAAAUGAUGCAAGAUCCAAUAAACGAGAAGCAUU